AUGCGGGGCGGGUUGGUGCGAUCAAAGCCUUCGGAAGAGGGGCAGCCGCGUGAGCCCAGCAAUGGCAUUCGUGGUUGUGUGCGGGAUUAUAUCUUCCGCCACAUGCUUGACGCCGUUCCGGGAUCAUUCAAGGUUCUUAUUUGCGAUGCCCAUGCUGCGGCUGUUCUAAACUGCUCGCUGCGUGUCCAUGAUCUCAUGGAGCACGGCGUGACGCUGCUCGAGGACCUCAUGACGCCGCGACAGCCAAUUAUCAGUAGCCCUGCGCUCUACUUUUUCGCCGUGGAGGAUGCGUCUGUGAGCCGCGUGGUUGAGGAUUGGAUGGCAAAAGACCCGUACAGGGAAGCACACGUCUUUGCGCUGGGAUGCACCCCGGAUUGCCACCUUCAGCAACUUGCACGGGCUCGGAUAGCGCCGAGGGUGAUGAGCUUUAAGGACAUGAUGUUAGACUUCAGCGCCCCUGAGGCACUGGUGUUCCACCUCAACAUGCAGAAUGAGUUCCCUCAGCUGCUGUCACCGCUGUCGCUGCCCACUCGAGAGUCCGUUUUGGACGUUGCGGCGUCGCGCCUUGUGGCGGUUUUUCACGCCAUGAACAACGGUGUGCCCGUCAUUCGCUACCAAAGCAGAAGCAGCAUCUGCCAUGGGUUUGCCAGGAAUUUCUUUGAGAGGCUUGCCAAGCUCUGCUACGAAGAGCCGGAUUUCAAGAGGGGCGCAGACAGCCGCGGCAACCCGGUGCUGAUAAUCGUUGAUCGAGGCUUCGACACGGUGACGCCGCUGAUGCACCAACGCACAUAUCAGUGUCUUCUCGACGACCUGAUGCCGCUGGAGAAUGAAGUGUAUGAGCAGACCUUCCAGAAUCGCCUGGGGGUGGACUCGAAGCGGCAGUACUCGAUUGACGAGGAGGAUGUGUACUGGUGCGCCUACCGUCAUCGUUUCUUUGCGCAGUGCCUGGAGGAGCUCCCGGCGGCACUGAAAAAACUCCACGCGGAUCACCCGGGUUUGGCGCAGGGCGUGGAGCAGAAGGCCAAUCUUGCGGAGUUGGGGAGUUCGGUGCGGGCUCUGCCGGAGUUUCAGGAGAAGCAGGCCAGACUGUCGCUGCACAUCGACAUUUGCACGAGGCUUGUAGCGCAGUACCGGGAGAAGCGACUGGCGGAGGUGUGCGAGGUGGAGCAAGACAUCGCCGCCGGGCGCAAACCCUUCAGGAAAAACCUGGAGGGCGUAUGGCGCCUGACGAAGGAUGCCGCGAUACCCCGGCCAGUGCGCCUUCGUCUUCUCUUGUUGCUUGUGGCUGCGAGCGGCAGUGACGAGUUGACGGAGGCCAAGAAGCAGCAGCUGAUCCAAGACGGUGAACUGACGGCCGACGCCCACUUGUUUGCGAACCUUGAGCAUGUGACGAGGGCUGGGAAAGUGCAAAGAGACGGCGCAGCGUCGGCGCAGAGCGAACGGAGCACGAGUCAUUCUGCGAGCAACGCUGCAACGGACGGGGAUCCGUUUCUGAAUCAGGCCUACAUGAUUAUGGAGGCUGCGGCAAGAAAUGGACUGAACGCGUCCGAAUAUCCAAUGAUGAACUCCCCGUACGAGUCGAGGGCACCCGCGGCGGGUGGCGGGGCACCGAUGGAGGCGGUGGGCAGGAAGAAGACGUUGCGGGUUGGGCUUUCAUUGGCAUCGAUGCAGCGCGACCAUGUGAUGGGGCCAAAUGGCGCCAGUGGGAGCCAAAACAGUGGAGCAGCAGGAAACAACGCCGGGCCGUUUCAAGGGGGUAGAGGUAAAGGGGAGAAUCAGCUUGAUCUGGGUGGCGGUGCUGGGACGAUUGCCCUUACAAGCCCUCAGCGCAUUGUGCUGUUUGUUUUGGGUGGGGUGACCUGCAGCGAGAGGCGCUCGGCCUACGAGAUAUCCAAAAAGUAUGGCCGUGAGGUAAUCAUUGGAGGCACCUCGCUGCUGCGUCCUGAGGUGUUUGUGCAGGGACUUGGCACCCUACGGUAG